GUAAGUUCACCGCAGCGGCAUGCACGAUGCGCCGAGCAGUCUCCCCGUACUUUGCGGCUCCUUGAUGUUCUACUUCCUGUGGCUCACGGCGGCCAGCGCCUCGUUUAUCCCCCUCCCGAACACAACAUCCGUGACGUGUCCCCGCUUGUCCUUAUUGGAUGCCCGAAGUGCAAUGGCAACGGAGCCCGAGUUAUACAGCACAACCUCACAAUGGUGGAAGCAACCUGGAGCUACUGCGACGUCGUUUGACAUUGCAAUGGAGUCACGAACGUCCUCCUAUGUUUGUCCGAACACUUCAAAGCCUGACCAGUCCACGAAGAAGAAAAAGAAGAAAUCCAAGUCCGCCGAUAAGCACAUAGCUCUCAAGCUGCUCCUCUUCGGCAUGGUCGUGAUUGUGCUCACGACACUAUUCUAGCUGGGGCCUUCUCAAAGGCAUGCUAUAUAUUUAAAUAGACGAGGAUAACGUAUGACUGAUACUUUCCUCCUGUUUGUACAUUCA